AUGGAACAAAUUCUUAAGGAAGAACACUACUUGAGGAAUGAAGAAAACCUCAAUGUAUCAUCAUCCGAUAGCAAAUGUUCUUCAUCAAAUAAGAGAGGCCACGAAAGUAUUGAAUCUUCAGAAGAACACAAUCAUGAACAAUCCACCUUACAACCUCCUUCUAAAUCGCUCAAAUUAAAUGUUGAACCUCAUCAGCAACAAGACGAUCUCGAAAUACUUCUCAACCGAUUGAAAGAAAUUGAAGAGGAAAAGUGCAAGAUAAUUCAAGAAUUCAAAUUACAAGAAGCCUUAUUAGAGAAGGAACGUUUGGAAAUUCUCUCCAUGAUAACUCUUGGUAAUGAAGAAUUUGAUACAAAGAAGCCCGUUCACCUCAAUGUUGGUGGAUACAUACUGACUAUUUGUAUGGGUGUAUUUGUCAAUUCUGUGAGGGAACCAAAUAAUGUAAUUGAUAAGAUGUUUAAGGGAAUAAUUCCACUUCAUGAAACUCCUUCAUUAGUAUUCGAGGAGAAGGUUUUCUUUAUAGAUUGUGAUGUUGCUAUUUUCAAGAUUAUUAUCGAGUGGAUGAAAACAGGAGAAUGUGAAAAGCUUUCGGAAAAGGAACUGAAAUUAGUAUUGAGAGCUUGUGAAGAGUUUGGAUUUGAGAAUUUUAGGAAUCACUUGAUACAAGAAAAACAAGCAACUCUUCCACCAACAGCAUCUGACACUAUAACUAAUUCUAAUAUUUUGGAUCCUAACAUAUUAAGGGAACUCUUUGAAAAACAUGUAAAGUCAAAGAAUGAUGGUUUAUUAUAUAGAGGAACAAGAGAUGGUUUUAAGGCAACCGACUUUCACAAACAUUGUGAUCAACAAGGGAAGACUGUGACGAUUGUUCAAUCAAGAAAUGGUCAUAUAUUUGGUGGAUUUACAUCAAAUAAUUGGGAAUCUUCCAAAGGUUUCAGAACAGAUCCCUCUGCAUUCAUAUUCAAGAUUGAUUCUGCAUCCAUUUCACGAUUUGAUAUCAAAUCUGACUCGUAUAGGAAUGCAAUUUCUUGUGAUAUUGAAAGUCUUCCUUCUUUUGGUUUGGAUUUCAAACUCUCCUCAUCAUGCAAUGAAAAUUCCAACUCAUACUCCAACUUUGGGCACACCUAUCAAUUACCAACUGGAUUCACUUAUGAAAGUGAGCAGGCAAGAAAGUAUUUAGCUGGUAGUUGCAAAUUCCAAGUAGUGGAAAUUGAAGUAUUUAAAGCACUCUAA